AUGAUGACAACGAGCUACCCUCCGCACAACGGCGGCAUGCAUCCUCAAGGGUUACCACCCGGACACCCCAUGGCCGGUGGAGGGCCAAAUCCAGGCCAGCACAUGCCACCCGGCAUGCAUCCGGGCGUGUCAGGUCCCAAUGGCCCUGUCAGCCAAGCAGGGCCUAUGAUGGGCAUGCAGCCCGGUAUGGGCCCCAAUGCGCAUGCGCUCUCCCACCUGCAGCCUCAGCAAGCCCAGAUGUUCCAGCAGCAACAGCAGCAUCCCGGAAUGAUGAACCCUGCAAUGAUGCAACAGAGGGCUGCCCUCCAGCAGCAGGCCUUCAUGCGUCAACAGCAAUCGCAGCAGAUGCAAGCCCAGCAGCAAGGUAACAUGGGCAUUGCAUUCCCCAAUGCUAUGGGCGGCAUGGGCGGCAUGACACCACAGCAAAUGCACCAACUACGGGCACAGCAAAUGGGUCAGAACUUCGUUCAGCUACCGUCACAUCUGCAGCAACUGCAACAGCAGCAGCAGCAAAUGGCGAGCCAACAAGGAGGCAAUCCUCAGCAAGCUGCUGCUAUGGCUCAAGCUCAAGCCCAACAUCAGGCCGCCCAAGCGCAACAGCAGCACCUCCAGGCGCAGCAAGCAAUUGCCAUGCAGCACGCGCAGUCCCAGUCGAGCAAUCACAGCCAGUCUGGGAACCAAGGACCGCCGACCACAUCGCAGCCUCAGCAGGGCCCAUUACGGCCCCCUUCCGCCAUGAGCCAUCAGGGACAGGCUUCUCCUGCAGCCCAGCCUCAACCGCCUCAACAGCCGCAGCCGCCGCAGCAACAACAGCAACAGCCACCGCAACAGCAGCAGCAACAGCAACAGCAACAACAGCAACAGCAACAGCAGCAACAGCAACAGCAACAGCAACAGCAGCAGCAGCAGCAGCAGCAACAGCAGCAACAGCAGCAACAGCAGCAACAGCAGCAACAGCAACAGCAGCAGCAACAGCAGCAGCAGCAUCAACAACAACAGCAACAGCAGCAGCAACAGCAGCAGCAACAGCAGCAGCAGCAACAGCAACAGCAACAGCAGCAACAGCAGCAACAGCAACAACAGCAACAGUCAGGUCCUCAACCUGGGCAGCAGACACCGGCGCCGGCUCAGCCUCCAAGCCUACCGCAACAGCCCAACCAGCAACCUCAAAACCAAGCUCAGAUGCAGCAGCGCAAUGUACAAAUGGCACAGCAAGCUCAAGCACAGAAUCAGGCACAAGCUGCGCAGCAGGCUGUUCACGCACAGGCUAGGAAUAUGGCGAUGAUGAAGCAAAACCAAGCACAGCCUGGUGGACAGCACUCCGGCGGGCAGGGAACGCUGAAGCUGAUGAACUUUGUAGACCAGCUGGGGAAGUUUAAUUCCCAAGGGGGCCAAAAUCAAGUCUCAUUUUGGCAGAGUUUCGUCGACAAGUUCUUCAAUGAGAGCGGAUCUUUCAUCCACGUUCUCUAUUCCACUUCCAAGGAGCGGACGAAACAAUUUGAGAUUGUCUGCGCUGCGUUACCGCGCUACUUCUACACGGUAUUCACCACGGAUAUUCAGAACAUCCAGAUCACACUGGAUGGAUCCAAGGAGAACGCAGGCCCUGCCGAAACUAAGGUCACCUGCGAACGAGCGAAGUUCAUCUACACUUACGAAAACCAGUGUCAGGUCGUCUACACGGGAAAAUUGACAGCAUUUUGGUCAGGGUCGGACAAGAUGGAGUGGCUGCAAUUCGAAGGGACAAGCCAUCAACAGUACAUCCCGCGCAACGCCUUGGAAAUCCUCUUCCUCCAGCCGUCGCCCAACCAGAUGAACCCGACCCAAUCACCUCGUAUGAACAAGAACGCUGCGAAGAACAAGCAACGCAACGCCCUCGAGCCACCAGAACCGUACCUACCUUUGUCGAAGCUGCUCAGCACCGGCGUUACCGACCUAGGCAUACCUCCUGCGCUGCAGCACUAUCUCGAGAUCUACGAAACGAUGAACAAUAUGUCGAGCUUGAUGACCCACUACCUUGAGAAUACUAGCCUCAAGCCGAGCGAAGCCCUCGAAUCCUGGAACAACAUGAUGCAAUCAACAUCUGGCGCCAUGGGACAGAACUCGCAAAUGCAAGGACCACCGAACCCUGGACAGCAGCAAGGGAACAUGCCGCCUGGCAUACGUGGACCACAGGGCCCAGGACAGCAAGGCCAGCCAAUGUUCAUGUCACCAGCCAUGGCGAAUCAGCUGCUGCCCAAUGGAGCCAUGAAUGGAUCGCCUCACAUGAUGCACACGCCAUCCCCUGCGUCUCAUCAGAUGGUCAAGCAACAGAGUCAGAGCUCGCAUACGGCUAGUGUCAACACGUCGCCUAACAUCACCGGGAAGAGGCGACGGAGUACGGUGAAGAUAGACCAGGACGACGAUGGGCCUAAGGUUAAGCAAAGCCCUCGGGUAGGAGGCGGAAAGCGAAUGAAGCCAGGUAACUAG